GAGAGAGAGAGAGAGAGAGAGCGCUGGUCUGCAGAUGAUAGUUGAUGGCAACAGGUGGAGAUCUAGGUAGAUCUCAGUCAGACAGGGAGAGUAGAUGAGUAGAUGAUACACAUGAUGCUCACAGAUGGGCUGCUAGAUGAUAGUCAGGGAGUCGGUCAGGCAGGCAGGCAGGCAGGCAGAGAGGCAGGGAGGCAGAUAUGAUGGAUAAUGGCAUGGCCGCGUCAGCUGAUAAUCACUUCCUCCUUGUGCCGCAACCUCUGGGUCAAAAUUGCAGCUGCCUGCAACCACACAUACACCCAUACCACAACCCCACACACGAGGCUCAUACAUUCAGCAACCUACGAGGCUGAUAGGAUGCUCACCCUUUCUUGCGGGAGGCUGUCCAUUGCAGUGGUGUUGUUCUUGAGCACACCAUCUUCCAGCUCAUCCGGACUGCAAAUCGGAUCAAUCAACACACAAUCACACAACAGUCAGCUAGCUCCACGCACAUGCGCUGGCUGACACCCGCACACCUGACGAUUUCAAAGCUGAGAUGGACACAAGUCACUUCGGCGUUGUUCUGAUCAUACACCUGACAGAACGGCCCACCACACCACAGCAACAGGCAUGCAUGCCAUCAGUCCCGUUCCCCGCUGUUGGUUGGGUGGCAUCCAUCCAUCUGCAGGCUACCGACCCACCUUGACGUCGCCCUCCACUUUGCCGUGCUUUGGCCUUGGCGGGACCUCACCUGACACAUAUCACACCAGCGUGUAGACGUAGGCGAUGGAUGCAUGGUCGUCAGCUAUGUGUGUUUGUACGUGUGAUGGAUCGUUUGUAGUGCCCCGGUGCGAUGGGGCACUGGAUGUCGCCGAUGUCGCAGAUGGCCUCCUUGAUGUGGAUGGGGAUGAUGCGGUCGAUCUUGAGGUCGAUCUCGAUGUACCCGCCGCUGAUCUCCUCCUUCAGGUCACCCGUCACAGACACCGUCAGCGCCUGCAUUGCGUUCAUCACAUCACAUUCACCGAUUUGUGACUGACAAUCGGUGGUGCUCUCCCCCAAACUAACCCCCGAACUAGCUGCCCACCCCACCUCUCCCGCCACCGGCGGAUCAGGAACGAUAUGGCAUUCACCGAUCUGCAGCAGAUCACACCCACCAGCAGGACAAACAAUAAUGCCAGCAACAGACCAUUGCCAACGUACUCGUGCUGGUCGGCCUGACCUCGAAUCGCUCUGUGGUGGUGCCUGGGCAGAGGCUCCAUUCCUCCCCCCUGGCCGCCACUCCCGCCAACGCCACGCCCAGCGCCAGCCACCGGAAAAAUGAAACCAACACCAUCUUCACACAAUUGAGAGGGUGAGGAGGAGCCCUCAAUGAGGCCGCUGCAGCAAGUCAAAUCGGCUUU